GCAGUCCGUGCUCUCUGAAGCGGGGGAGGUAGGGCGUCUGCGCCGGUUCUCUGAGGUCCGGCCCGGCAGGAUGGCGGAGGAAGGGGCUGUCGCGGUCUGCGUGCGGGUCCGGCCGCUCAACAACAGAGAAGAAGCUCUUGGAGGAGAUACCCAAGUUUACUGGAAAACUGACAAUAAUGCCAUUUAUCAAGUUGAUGGCAGUAAAUCCUUCCAUUUUGAUCGUGUCUUUCACAGUAAUGAAACUACUAAAAAUGUGUACGAAGAAAUAGCCGUACCAAUCAUAGAUUCUGCCAUACAAGGCUACAAUGGUACCAUAUUUGCCUAUGGACAGACUGCUUCAGGAAAAACNAUGGACAGACUGCUUCAGGGAAAACACACACCAUGA